AUGGCAUCGGACAGUGCAGAUACCCAGGAAGUCUACCCCGAAGUCUACGUAGGCCCUAACUGCUACGUGCAGACUGCAGAGGACCGGUUCGGUCCUAAGGUGAGGCCCGGUAUUCGCAGUUGGCUCAUGCAAGGCUUCGACACCGAUGACUGGGCGGACUUGGACUUCCAAGAGUUCAACUCAGAGACAGACGAAGAUACAGACGAGGGUUUGUUUGACGACGACUACAGCUAUGAAGAGGAGUCAUUCGACUCGUCUGCUGGUGACGCGUCGGAUAAUUCCUCGAAUUCCCCGAACGGAAACUUCCCGCGCAUCGCGUCGGCCAGGAACAACCUGACGGCGCUUUCGCAGCACUUCAACCUUUACUUUGUCGCCUAUGGGUCCUGCAUUUAUGUGUACCAGCCCCGGCGAGGGCCGCAGAUUCUGCCUUCAUCUCCUUCAGCAAUUCUCUCCCCAUCAGCCUCUCAAUUUGCCAGUUUGUGUCGACAGUCCGUCUUCAGCAACCGUCCCCACCAAAUCAACCAUCUGAUUGUGGGCGAUCUUGGCAACCUUGAAAUUGUACUGGCUGCCUAUGAUGAUGGAGAUGUGGUUGCUUACUACUCUGAAACCAUAGUCUCCUACAUCGAAGCGAACGAGGCAAAAAACCGCAGUCCAACAAAGGCUCGGCGUCGCUCCAUUCCUGUACCGAAGCCCUUCUUCCAUGACAACGUACAGUCAACCGCAUGGGGCAUAGCAAUUCACAAGCAGUCCCGCUUAAUUGCUGUCAGCUCGAAUCAGUACGAAGUGACUGUCUUCGCGUUCGCCCUCAGACGCAACGGCGCUGUGAAUGAUUCCAUUUCUCAGAGGCCAAGCGCAAGUACAGAUCAAAAAAACCAGGAACUGCAGAGUGAUCUCAGAUCGCGGAACAGGACCUGGAGGAUUGUGAUGAAUUUGUCUAGCAAAGGCCACAACAUCCCCAAUAUUUCCUUCUUGGACGACGAGCAUGGUGAAGCGGAAAAAGUUGUUGCCAUCGACAUUUGGGCAAAUGUCUGGUUGUUGGAUAUCUGGACGAUCGGUGCCCAGCCAAUCAUGCUGCGUAACCAGAUGGACGCACCGUACCUCCAUGCAGAAAAUACAUGGCGCCGUGCCGAAGGUUGGGGCAUUAUGGUGCUCCCAGACAGCGCUUUCCGACCGACAGACAAUAUCCGUGAAUGCCUGGGGCUCCCCGCGAAGGAGGUAGCCUUGAGGCCGCCUCCCGACGAUAUACCUGAUGCCAAAGGAGGCCUGGACAUUACUUACACCGAUGACUCUUUUGGCUAUGAGCAUGUUGAUGAGGAUGAAGACACGAUGGUACAGACAGAUGACGAGCUAGCUUCUGAAUGUGGAGCCGUGUCGGAAUUCCCAGUCUCUAGCAGUCUAUCUCCCGAUGAAUCGCUCCCUGAAGAAAGCCUGGAGAAGCUGGAUGAUUCUCGGCUUGCGCGCGUUAUCGUCCCACUAUCCGGUGAGAUCACCACCUUAGAAACGGAAGAGGAUUGGACUAGCUUCAGCACCAAUGGGCUUGUGAAGCGAAGGAGGGCCGUCCGGCCGAUUGCAUUUGCCGAUGCAGAACUUUCGCCACACUUAACCAAGAACUUUCAUCUUUUGAUUGGCAAUCCAACUGACAUUCGUCUCCGCCCGCUCAAGAAAACCAUGUCAACGGUCGACUUCCGACAUCUUCUUCCGCAUCAACCACCCCUGAAGCUCUCAAACACAAAUUAUCUUCCUUCAUUCCCUUACGAUUUUAGUUCGCAUUACACUGAACGCGUCAGCAUGUUGCUGCGUGUUCCUGAAUUGAAUCUCGUUAUCGCUGGCUCGCCCACAGGGCGCGUGGCUCUGCUCACCCCGACAAGCUCGCAGAAGCACAUCCACGAGGUCCCUGUGCGCCGCGCUUUCCGCGUUGACCGUGUCCUGCCUCGCAGGGAAGAGGAAGAGAGGAUGCUCAGGCCGUUGUGCUCUCUCAUCGGCGUGGCGUGUUCACCCGUGCCGCAUAUGCGGGCCCCGGGGAUGAGGUUGGCGCCUUCAGCAGGUGCCAGAGCCGGGCAGAGUUGGCCUGCUCUUUGGAGGUUGAUCUUACAUUAUAAAGAUCAUACCUUGUUGAUGUAUGAGCUUGCGAGGAGCAGGCCUGGAGGCGAAGAUGAGCUAAUGAUCUUCUGA